AUGGUCAUCGUCGUCUUCAUGACACUUCUCGCCAUUUUGGGAAACAUUUUAGUGAUAAUUGCGUACCUUAAAGACACUAAGCUCCAAAACGUGUUGAAUUUUUAUAUUUUUAACUUGGCCGUCACCGAUUUUUUAUUGGGAGCUAUCAGCAUGCCGUUCUAUGCUGUUUAUACUGCGCUUAACUGGAAGUGGCCUUUCGGUCGGGCGUUUUGUAAGGUUUAUCUGGUGUGUGACUUUACAUUGUGUUUACAGUCAGUGCUGCUAGUGAUAGUCAUAAGCGUAGACAGACUAAUCCUCGUGCGUUCUGGAAUGGAAUACACCGUCAAACAAACCAUGAAAUCUGCUAAAGUGAAAGUAGCCGUUUGUUGGAUUGCGGCUUUCUUACUUUACGGUCCGGCCGUUAUCGGAUUUGAUUAUUGGCGAGGAUCUACCGUAAUUUCGGACAGAGACUGCGAUGUGGAAUUCUAUAACCAUCUCACAUUCACCUUAACGACGUCUAUCAUCGAAUUUGGAGCACCUUUUCUGUCAAUAGCAGUCAUCAAUGGUCUUGUGUUCGUGGAAAUUCGUAAAAGA